ACUUGAGCAGGUUCUUAGAUGGAGAUUCUUCAACAAUGUCUCUUGCCAGCGUACAACGUCCAAAACUGGUUGUCAGUUUGAGCACCAGCGCGCUGAAUCUUCUCGACGAGCUGAUCCCUCCAAGGUACUUGGAUCAUAAAGUGGAUCUUGCCCCCUCAGAAGAAAUCCCGAACGAAUUCAAGAGCUGCUUCAGCUGCGGAGUCACGUGGUACGACGACCACGUGUCGCUGGACUGCUCUGAAUGCGGUGGCUAUGCUUUGGAGCGUCCUUGCCCAGAAUGCGAUGGAAAUUGCGGCGCGAUGUGGGAAAGAGAUCUCCACAAGUCUCACGCUUACCAAAGAUCCUACUGGAUAGGAAAAUGCCGAAAUCGCAGUCCCAAGAAGAAUCCAACGGAGGCUGAACAGAAAAACACUGACGCCUCGGAAGGACUGAGUAUGAGUAUGGAUAAGCUCUCUGUGAAGAACUCUUGACGCUUUUUUGCCUUCUAAAUUAUGUCAGAGUUCACCAAUAUGUAUUCGGCCAGACCACAAUUCUUGAGGAUUUUUCACUCUCUUCUACAUCACAGGGUUCGAUUGGAGUUGCAAUAGAUGUUUUAUAUUAAAACCGGCAAACAAUUACGAAAUUAGAUGUUGUUAUAUUUUUUGAACUGUCGUUUGUGAACUGUGGCCAAACCGACAAUAUCUCUUCAGCUAAGGUGUUUUCACUUUUUUAUAGUAAUUUAAGGAAACUUUUUGUAUUUUUCUUGACUGAACCGUAUGUAUACACCUAAUAAAUUUUCAUUACAAUGUA